CUCCGCCGGUAGCGGCGCCAUGGCGGUGCUGCUGGAGCAUGAGAAUCAGAUCUUCCUGGACCUGUUCCACCAGGACGGGCUGGUCAUCUGCGCCCGCGGGCUUGGUGUCGACCGCUUACUGCUGCGCUUCCUCCGUCUGUACUGCGAGCCUGCCAGCCUGGUGCUGGUGCUGAACACCAGCCCUGCCGAGGAGGAAUAUUUUAUUGAUCAGCUGAGGUCAGAUGGAGUUGUUCAUCUUCCUCGUCGUGUUACCAAUGAAAUUACAAAUAAUACUCGAUACGAAUUUUACACACAAGGAGGAGUCGUCUUUGCAACAAGUCGAAUCCUUGUAGUAGAUUUCCUUACUGACAGAAUUCCUGCAAACCUCAUUACCGGCAUUUUGGUGCACAAAGCGCACAGAAUCAUUGAGUCCUGUCAGGAAGCGUUUAUCUUGCGGCUUUAUCGCCAAAAGAACAAGCAAGGCUUCAUUAAAGCUUUUACGGACAAUGCGGUUGCGUUUAACACUGGCUUUUGCCAGGUGGAAAGAGUGAUGAGGAACCUUUUUGUCAGGAAGCUUUUUCUGUGGCCAAGAUUUCAUGUAGCGGUGAACUCAUUUUUAGAGAAGCAUAAACCUGAAGUGGUGGAAAUCCAUGUGUCAAUGACCCCUGCCAUGCUUGCUAUCCAGACAUCAAUCCUGGACAUUUUGAAUGCAUGUCUGAGAGAACUCAAACGUUAUAAUCCAGCUCUUGAAGUGGAAGAUCUAUCUUUAGAAAAUGCUAUUGGUAAACCAUUUGACAAGACAAUACGUCACUAUUUAGAUCCUCUCUGGCAUCAACUUGGAGCUAAGACAAAAUCUUUGGUCCAGGAUUUGAAGAUACUACGCACUUUGCUACUGUAUCUAACUCAGUAUGAUUGUGUCACUUUCCUUCAUCUUCUGGAGUCACUGAAAGCAAGUGAAAAAGCUUUUGGUGAGAAUUCAGGUUGGCUGUUUCUUGACUCCAGUACUUCCAUGUUUGUAAAUGCUCGAGCUAGAGUUUAUCGCAUUGCAGAGGAGAAACCAAAUCAGAAAGGCAAAGUCUCUGAAAAAAGCAAUGUAAAGAAGGAAAAUGAACUGAAAAAAGAACUGGUUCUAGAAAGUAACCCAAAAUGGGAAGCUUUGAGAGAAGUACUGAAAGAAAUUGAAAAUGAGAAUAACAACAGUGAAGACCUUGGUGGUCCAGGGCAAGUGCUUAUUUGUGCCAGUGAUGAUCGAGCUUGCGCACAGCUCAGGGAGUGUAUUAUUGCCGGAGCAGAAGCGUUUUUAACAAGACUGUAUAACCAAACCUUUGGAAAGGAUGAGAAAGCUGCAGAAGUGUUGGUUAAGGACAGAAAAGCUGUCAAGUCGAAAGGAAAUGCCAGACUAGACACAGGGGCUCAAACUAAAAAAGCCAAACUCACAGCUUCUUCAAAACAAAAUAAACACAAGAAGCAGCAAGACCGGACUAUAACUGAAAUGAUAGGGAAAACCGAGGAGGAAAAGAAAGAGGAUUUAGAGGUGGAAGAUAACAAAGAAUUAAGCAGUAGCCAAGACAGCAGUGCUGAAGAGACCAUUCCUGAAGAUUUCCAUGUAAACUUGCCCUCAGACUGUUACUAUGGGAUUUUCAAGAACCCACUCACAAUUAUCCAUCCAUUGCAGGGGUGCAGUGAUCCCUAUGCACUCACUCGGGUCCUGCACGAAGUAGAACCAAGAUAUGUUGUGUUAUAUGAUGCAGAACUAACUUUUGUUCGGCAGCUGGAAAUCUACAAGGCAAGCAGGCCUGGGAAACCUUUGAGGGUUUAUUUUCUCAUAUAUGGGGGCUCCACAGAAGAACAACGCUACCUCACAGCUCUGAGAAAAGAGAAGGAAGCCUUUGAAAAACUAAUCCGUGAGAAGGCUAGCAUGGUUAUUCCUGAAGAAGGAGAAGGAAGAAGUGAAAGCAACUUAGACCUAAUAAGAGAUGCUAAACCUGCCUCUGCAUCUACUGACACACGCAAAGCCGGUGGCCAGGAGCAGAAGAGCAUUCAGCAAACUAUAAUAGUGGAUAUGCGGGAAUUCCGCAGUGAGCUCCCGUCACUGAUCCAUCGUCGUGGUAUUGACAUUGAGCCUGUCACUUUAGAAGUUGGAGAUUAUAUUUUAACUCCUGAUAUCUGCGUGGAGCGCAAAAGUAUCAGUGAUCUGAUUGGUUCCUUAAAUAAUGGAAGACUGUAUGCACAGUGCGUUUCGAUGUCUCGUUACUAUAAGCGACCGAUUCUCCUGAUUGAAUUUGAUUCUAACAAACCUUUCUCGUUGAUUCCACGAGGCUCUCUACAACAGGAAAUUUCCAGUAAUGACAUCACUUCUAAAAUAACCCUUCUUACUCUCCAUUUCCCAAAGUUACGUAUCCUGUGGUGUCCCUCUCCCCAUGCUACUGCCGAGCUGUUUGAAGAGUUAAAACAAAACCACCCUCAACCUGAUGCAGAGACCGCAAUGGCCAUCACAGCAGAUUCUGAAAUUCUUCCAGAGUCAGACAAGUAUAACCCUGGUCCUCAGGACUUUCUGUUGAAAAUGCCAGGUAUUAAUGCAAAAAACUGCCAUUCCGUAAUGAACCACGUUAAAAGCAUUGCAGAGCUAGUGACGCUGUCAAAGGAUGAGCUCACCAAAAUUUUGGGCAAUGCUGCCAAUGCCACACAGCUCUUUGACUUUAUUCACAUGUCCUACAAAGAGGCAGUAGCUAAAGGAAAAAGCAAAAGAUGAUUAAUGAGAGUGUUCAACACAGGACUCAGAUAAGCUCCUUGUGCUCAUUACUUUGCCAGACUACAUGAAAUACUUUAAUAAAUGCCCUCUAAGGUAACCAACUGUUUCUUGCUAAUGCUGUUCCCUCAGUUUUAACACAUGAGUUAAUUAUUACUGAAGACAAGUUUCAAGAGGAAUAAGAAAUGUUUUUAAUAGGAAAAUGUGAAUUAUUUUUAGUCUUUCUACAGCACUUUAACAAACUAUAUCACUGAACGAACUAAAUUCUUCACCAAGUCUGUAAGAAUGCUAAGACUAACUGAUAAAAGUGUGUUCUUUGGAAAAUAAAGCCAGAAAGGUAUUGUGUUUUGGCUGGUAUGUGUGACCUGCUGCAUGAUACAUCGCUUGCUUUUGCCAUUUUUAUUAACAUCUUACUCUCAGGAAACUACUGGUUUUCGACUGACAGUGAUGGAGCUGUUCAAAGCACAUCAUGGUCUUUUGUCAGCAGUUUGUUUAAGAGAACAGACUUGAACUCAAUUUUGAAUUUUAGAACAUCAUCAUAAGCUACAGUAAACUGUUCUACAUUAUUUUCU